UUUCAGUUAUAUAGUCAGCACAGCAUCUAUACAGCUUGCAGUGUUAGUAGUGUUAGUGUUAGUGUUAGUGUAAGUGUGUGUAGUGUGUGUUAAGCAACAGUAGGAAGAUUCAGCUAUGGAGAAGGCAUCACUUCCACUUAAGGCAUGGUGGAUAAGCUUACUGCUUCUGCUUACCAUCACUCUUACCGUUCGUGCUGAUAGACGGAAUCUGCUCGCUAAUGGCCUCGCCGCUACUCCCCCUAUGGGGUGGAGUAGUUGGAACCAUUUUGGCUGUUUUAUCGAUGAGAAAAUUAUUAGAGAAACUGCUGAUGCUCUUGUCUCGACUGGCCUAGCAAAGCUCGGAUAUAAAUUCGUUAACAUCGAUGAUUGCUGGGCUGAAAUCUCUCGAGACGAAAAGGGUAGCCUAGUGCCUAAGAACUCCACAUUUCCUUCUGGUGUUAAGGCUUUGGCCGACUACGUCCAUAGCAAGGGACUUAAGUUGGGAAUAUACUCUGAUGCUGGCUAUUUCACAUGUAGCAAGAAAAUGCCUGGUUCACUUGGGCAUGAGGAGCAUGAUGCCAAAACCUUUGCUAAAUGGGGCAUAGAUUAUCUGAAGUAUGAUAACUGUAACAACGACGGAUCAAAGCCAACAGUCAGAUAUCCAGUCAUGACAAGAGCUCUCAUGAACGCUGGCCACCCUAUCUUUUUCUCAUUGUGUGAAUGGGGAGACAUGCACCCGGCCUUGUGGGGUGCGAGCAUGGGAAACAGUUGGAGAACCACAAACGACAUUGCUGAUAACUGGGAUAGCAUGAUCUCUCGAGCAGACCAGAACGAGGUCUAUGCAGAAUAUGCCAGACCGGGUGGCUGGAACGAUCCUGACAUGCUUGAGGUUGGCAAUGGAGGAAUGACCAAAGAUGAGUACAUAAUCCAUUUCAGUCUAUGGGCUAUUUCCAAGGCACCACUUCUCGUUGGUUGUGAUGUGAGAAACGUGACGAAAGAAACAAUGGAAAUUAUAGCAAAUAAGGAAGUGAUAGGCGUUAACCAAGAUAAGCUAGGUGUUCAAGGGAAGAAGGUCAGAAUGGAGGGAGAUCUAGAGGUAUGGGCAGGGCCUCUUUCGGGGUACAGAGUAGCGGUGGUGUUGCUCAACCGGGGGCCUCAGCAGCAUAGGGAGAUGACUGCUCGUUGGGACGACAUCGGUAUCCCUCCAGGCAGCACUGUGAUGGCAAGAGACCUGUGGCAGCACAAGACAUUGAAGCAGAGAUUUGUGGAUGUAUUGACAGCAACAGUGGAUUCUCAUGCAUGCAAGAUGUACAUACUCAAGCCCAUAUCUUGAGAGAUGGAUGUCUUAAAUAAUGGAGUAUGCCAUUUGUGUGUGAGGGGCUUUGAAUAAGGGCUUUCCAGAAACAUUUGUUGAAACUAGUAAUUCAUUUGGCAUGUUGGAUCACUAUCUUUACUUUGGUGACCUAGUUUUUAAAUCUAAGAGCUAUUUCAAAUGAAAAUAUGAAUUUUAUUCAUUUUU